GACAAGGGACCGCUAGUCUACCAAGAGAGCAAGCUCUUCAAUGCAGAGACAUUCCUCAUCAACGUCUAUGACCAUACCAAGCGGCGUGCUGUCACCUUUGAGACAUAUGGUCUAGAGACGCAAGAUCAGUUUCACAUCCAGUAUAGCUACCAGGACUUCGAUGGACUCUUUCGCUUCAAUGCGGAGCUCAUGAAUCCCAAUCGGAAAGAAGGCCGAUUUCACUGGAUUGCAGAGCGUCUGGCGAUCCUGACAGUUGGAAAGGACCGUCAGCUCAAGCUGCAGCCAGAGCCGACCCACGAGGUGCCAGAGCUCCCCAUCUACGAGACGGUUCGAAAGAUCCCGACGGGGCGCAUG